GUCGUUGUCGCCAAAUGGCAUGGUCGUGUGAAUUAAUACUCGUACAACGUUCCUUCUAGACUAUUCUAGAACAACCACUCCGAAUCUCCUAGAACCUCCCAUACUUUCUCCCACAUCCCUCCAGAACCUUCUUCUCUCUCUCCAUUCCCACCCUAUAAAUCCACUCAACCAACAUCUUCCCCUUGUCAGCGAUCACUCUCAGAUAAAACAAACAAACAAAAAAAGCAAGCUUUGCAGUUUCCACUUUCUCGGAAAUUCCGCCAAACAAGAAGAGGAGGACAAUGGAUUUCAGAAUCUUGGGAUUGGACUCCCCGCUCCUGUCAGCUCUCCAGCAGAUGACGGACAUCGAGGAGGAGGGCAGCAACCACGGAAAGUCGACGAACGCGCCGACGAGGACGUACGUGCGGGACGCGAAGGCGAUGGCGGCGACGCCGGCGGACGUGAAGGAAUUCCCGAACUCGUACGUGUUCGUGGUCGACAUGCCGGGGCUGAAGUCCGGCGACAUCAAGGUCCAGGUUGAGGACGACAAUGUGCUGCUCGUCAGCGGCGAGAGGAGGAGGGAGGAGGAGAAGGAGGGUGCUAAGUAUGUGAGGAUGGAGAGGAGGGUCGGCAAGUUCAUGAGGAAGUUUGUGCUGCCGGAGAAUGCGAAUACCGAUGCGAUAUCCGCGAUGUGCCAGGACGGAGUUCUGACCGUCACGGUGGAGAAGCUGCCUCCGCCGGAGCCCAAGAAGCCCAAAACUAUCGAGGUUAAGGUUACUUAAGGAAUAUGCGUGUGUGUGUGUGUGUGUUUGUGUUUGAGCUUUUGGUGUAGUGAAACUUUGGUGUGCAAGAGAUAUCUUGUUAUAUUAUUAUGUCUUGUUUUUGGGAUUGUGAUGUAGAACCCCCUUGUCCUAGGUAGUAUGUCAGUAUGCAUUGUGUUUCACUCAAACCAGUACCCUUUUGUGAGCAAGAAAAAAAAUAAAAAAUAAAGUAUUUCCCUUUUUAUUCUUGCUUCAA